AUGGUGGCCGGCAUGACCAGGCGAUUUCGGUUCCUGCUGAUGGGCUUGGCCGUAGUUUUGCUGCGCAUGCCGGCAUUUCCUUCAGAUCCGACGCCCUUUGUCGGAGGCCUCCCAAGAGUGCCGCGGAACAAGAAGGCGCGGACACUGCCUAGGGGCCAAGGGCCGGUGGAAACCUUUUCCAGCGCCGUUGCUGGCCACCUUGGCAGCAAGUUCAGCGAAGAGCUGUGGAGGCGGCUGGAGGACUUCCAUGCGUUCUUCUCAUCCAGCAAUUCCAGCACCGAUGCCGCAAAUCGCAGAAUCAAGUACAAGCUGCGUUUUCACCCGGAUCCAAGCCAUGAUGGCGAAAGGAUGAAGACAGUUUACUGGAACCCGUUUAAAGCCUCAUUGGCAGUGGUGUUUACCAAGCUGGAGUGGGACAUCACGAGUUUCGAAAUGAGAUGGAUCAAUGACGAAGGUGAAGUGGUAGUGCUCAGCAACGAAGAUGAUGUUGAAUAUCUCUUGGAAGAAAGCAGCAAUAAGACUUUGGUUGUUGACGUCCAGCUGAAGCAACCAUCCGCGAUGGAGAAAAUCAAGGAAAAAACGCAGCAAUUGGCAGAUGCCCUUGUCCAGAAGGCGAAGCACUGCAUCUGCGGUGGAGGCCAAAUUGAGCAGAAACACGUUACGCAGGCUGAGGAGGCACUGACCGGCACGGAUCCCCGCGUGACCAACAUGGAGGCUACAAAAACUGCCCUGAGCCAAGAGAACUUCGACAUCGAGGCAUUUCCGGAGCCAGUUCCAAACAUCGCCGCCAAGCUUGGCAUGUCAGAGAAUGAGUCCAGUUUGCUGGCGCUGGCCCAAUUUGUUGACAGGCAGGCCAGCGCAGACAUGAAAACCUAUUACGACAACCAGGGCAGGCUCGUCAAACGAGUCACAAGUUGGCGAACCAUCCGAACAAAUUCGGCGCGAGGCAAGCCGGACAAGAUCCACCUUGUAUACGGUGAUUUCGUUUUCAAGUGCAAGGUCCCGGAGGGUGGGCUCGAGAUGCAACGGACAAUGAUACUGGAGAAGUACGUUGACCUCCGAGCGAAGCUGGAGUGGAGACAGCAACUCGAAGAGGAUGCACAGCAUGUCCCCGUUCUCCUGUUCAGCAAACAAGCUCCAUGUCUCGAUGGCAGCUUGGACAGCAUUCACACGCAGGCGGAGGUUCUUGAGCCAAACCAGACGUUGGAUGCGAGUGAGCCCGAUGUCCAAGAAGCUGGGGAAUGA